AUGCUACACCGCUCGGCCCUAGAAGAUGAAGCCCGACCAUUCCACCCCCGACGCCCGUCGGGUCCGUUUACAGAGGUGCCACCCGCCCCCCCUCCCCAUCGCCCGGCCUCGCGUUCGUCACGGCCCGCAUCCCGCAAUCGAAUGGUGAAAACUCCCGGGGCCAUCCCGUCUACGGGGCUGGGAGUGGUCUCGGAGAACGGGACCGGGUUGACCCCGACCAGCCCCAUCAAAGAAGGACUCGGGAGUGUGAACCGCUGGUCGCAGUCCACGACGUCGAGUAAGAGCCCUUCGGAAUAUACGAGUCACCGCCGAGGUAGCUCAAAAAUGUCACUCUCCGGACACAGCCCACAUCGGGGUCCCGGACUCGGCGAGCUUCCGGAAUUGAGCCUCCCGCAGCUAAGAGCAUCGGAAAUGUUUUCCACUGACUCAACCGCCUCCCAUCUCGAUCUCUCCUUCACGGCCGCGAGCCAUCUGUUUCAAAACUCGGCCCCCAAUGACUCUCGGGGGCCCAGUCAGGCGUCGCAUUCAGACCCGGCAAUGUCGCGUAUCAGUGAUGGUGCUGUCUCCGGAGAUGGAGAAGGCGACGCAGAGACCCGACAGCAUGGUCAAACCCAAAAAGUGAUGUUGUCAAAGGCCCUCCAAAAAGCCAACACCGCGGUCCUCCUCGACAAUGCGGCCAACUUCGAAGGUGCCAUGGAGGCUUACAGUGACGCCUGCCAUCUUCUACAACUGGUCAUGCUUCGAAGUAACGGAGGCGAUGAAGAGAAGCUCAAACUCCAAGAAAUUCGAGAUACCUACAUGAUUCGAAUCACCGAAUUGGAACGCAUGGACUUGCCUCUCCCGACACACGAUGGGAAAGCGCUGCCUGAGCGUCCGCUGAGCCAAGAGUCGUAUGGGGAAUUACUCCAAUCGUCUGCUCACGAUGAUUCUCAUGUUGAGAGCGAGCAUAGCUCGGCGCAUUCCAGCCUGGCUCUUCAAGCAGCACUUGAAGAAUCACGAUCCUUGCCCUCGGAGGCAAUUCCGCCUCGUCGUCAAUCACUUCGACCCGCGGGUCCCUCUGGGCGAUCCACCCCUUCAAGCCUCGGCAACAAUCUGGCCGCCUAUAAUGGACAAUCCACGGAUACCCUGGCAGGCCUCGAAAGCAACGAGUCUACUUCAUGGUUGGAUACCAUUGAUGAAUCUGGGGCCUCUUCUCCUUCCUCUGCGAAUUCAAAGGCAUCGUCUGUAUAUCUGCGGCGCCGGACGAGUCGUCGGAUCAGCACGGAUACCGAGGCUGAAUUCGAUGCGGCGCUCGAUGCAGCCGUUGAGGCAGCGUAUGAUGAUGGUCUCGAACCCGUCAUGGAAUACAAGGAAGAGGAAAGCGACGACAUCGUGGCCAACGCUCGAAGGAACAUUGAACUUGCCAAACAGCGUGUCCGAGAAGCUGAAUUGGAGGCCGAGGCAGCCAUGAAUCGGGGCCGGGAGUUGCGCCAUAUUCAGGAACAACAUGUUCUGGUGAACCCCGUGGGCCGCAAUUCUGGUUAUUUGGAUGAGGAGGCAGAGGAAGAGGAGCGUCUGCUAGAAGAGAUGACCAAGGGCUACGUCAUGGACGACUUUGAAUUUGGGGUCCAAUCUAAAUCGGCCCUGCCUCGUGAAUCCGAUUCUAGCAACAUGUCCGGACGAACUUGGGAAAGCUCCGCCGCCUCAAACAUCACGGGUACUGGCGCGACUCUCUCUACCCUCACUGAGGAUGAUGAUGUGCUACCUUCUGAGAGCAUCGAACGAGACCUGUUACCUUCCUCUCCUCCAUCUGCCGCGCUACCUCCCGUGCCAGCAUCUUCCGAUUUCCCUGUCCUACCAACAGAACGUGCAUCUUUCUCCAAACCUCCACCGCCUCCUCCCAUGGGCCCGCCUCCCAUUCCUGGCGUGCGAGCCCGCAGACUUUCCGCGCAGCCUGCUGCGGAAUUAAAAAUCGAGACAGGGACUCGUUCUCGCACAGAAUCCAAUGCGUCGAAUCUGGAUUCCUCCUCAACUCCCCUCGCCAGUCGACCACCACCACCUCCUCUUCCCAAAGACGAACCGUCUCAGGAUCCACCCAGAGCUUCCACCCCAAGUCUAAGGCCCACUAUGCACUCCUCAAAGCGCAAUCCAUCCGUUGGUUCGGUUAUGGACAAUAUCAACCUUGCAAAAACUCGUACACAAGAAGACGACGAACCCGGGCUUCCGCCAUUACCUGCCUCCGCACGACCCAUGGGCAAGGUCCCCUCCGCUCCAGACGGACUGGACAAUUCCAAUUCCAAUUCCAAUUCCAAAGCGUUUCGGAAUCGCAAUGUGUCUGUUCCAACACCUGAUACGGCUCCUGGCUCACCCACCACCCCGUGGAGUGGUUCCUUUCCCACACUGGAUAUCCAAAAAGCUGCGUUGGCAAGUAGCGUCCCCGUAAUGCCCACCCCCACGGGUGCAUACUUCACGCAAAAUGGUCUUCCUACCGGCGGUCUCAAUCUCUUUGAUUGUGAUAUUCACUCGCCUACUGCAUUGGGGCGCCCUAAUUCUCUUGUGGCGAAUGCCCCCCUCCCGCUUGAACCUUGCCCAGAGUCCUUCCUUCUUCGCCCGUUCUGGCUGAUGCGAUGCCUGUAUCAGACGAUUGCUCAUCCUCACGGUGGUUAUCUGUCAGCGAAACUCUUUAUCCCUCGAGAUGUUUGGCGCGUGAAGAAUGUCAAAAUCAAGGCACUGGAAGACAAAGUAUCCAAUUGCGAUCUGCUGACAGCCGCCCUACUCAAACUCUCUCAGGUCGAUACCUACGAUGCGGACGCCGUGCUGGAGGAGAUGCAGGCACUUGAAAGCGUUCUGGACCAAGUUCAAAUGGCGCUAUCUAAGAGAUUGGGCAAUGAAGUCGGUGUUCACACAGCCAUACCACUUUUUAAACCGAAUGCUGCUGCAGAAGAUCCUGCUCACGCUGAACCUGCCCCGUCGAGAACUUCGGGUACUUCCAACAAGUCUUAUCUUCAAUCUUGGAAACGACUUCGCGCGAAGACUUCUGGUAUCGGCACCACCAGCAACUCCUUCCCGAGUGGACGUGAAAGCAACAAAGAGAACCUUACACUUCACUCGGUUCCCAUGACUUCUGGGCCCACGCCUCACACAAGACGCAAUGUUACUUCACUUGAGUUCUCAGGCCCGAAUUCACAUUAUAUGGGGGCUUUGGCGCGCCUCUUUGAUGCCGCCCAAGUAUUAGAUCAAAUCGCCCACCAGGUUGAAGAUCCUGGCCUCAAACACUCCUCCCCAACUCAUGUUGGGUUGGAGCUCAGUACACGCCAUGCGGCCGAGUUCUUCGGUUUCUUCGUAUGUCGCUUUGCGCUGACCGAUGUGGGCUUGAUGCUUGAUAAGUUUAUCAAGCGGGGCAGCGAGUGGGUAUUGAUCUAA